CACCACGAGCGAGUCAGUAGGUAGCAAUUCCGCCGUGUGCGAUGGAGGCGCGACGCGGGGCCGUCGCCGUCGUCCGGCGUCCGCUGCAGCCGAGGGACACCAACGUGGUGGCGGCCUCGCCAGCCGCUGCCGCGCUCGCCGCCGGGAAGGCGGCCAGGGCGAAGACGAAGGCGCCGAAGGGGAAGGCGAAGGGGACGGCGAGGGCGGCGUCGUCUCCGCCGUCGGUGAGGACGUGGAGCGCGAAGGCCGGGAGUUGCAGGGCGGCGGUGGAAAUGAAGGAGGUGUCGCUGGCGGAGGAGCUGGAGAGGGCGCGGGAGCGUCGGGGCCGGAUGCGCGCGGCGAGGGAGGUGACGGAGAGGGUCCUGGGGGAGCGCGCGGCGGCGCUGCGGCGGGAGGCGAGGGUGUGGCAGCGGCGGGACGACGAGCAGCGGCGCCUCGUGGCGGAGCUGAUGCGGCUGAUCGGCAUGCCUGAGGUUUACAUCCCGGUGGAAUCACUGAGAUCGAAGGAGGAGAGGAAGAGAAAGGAGGCGGUCGCUCAUUCUGGUUCGCUGGACACUGCAUCGAGAUUGCUGGAUGGCGUUAGGGAAAGUUGUUGUGACCGGGAGUCCGUGGAAACAGCAGCCGAAAGCAGCUCUUAAUUUUUGGUUCCCUCCUAUGGCCGACUCCUUUUGCAGAUGCCUUGUGAAUGAAAUCGAAAUCAAAUGGCUUGUUUGAGAUUUGUAUUUGUAAAUUGUUUGACUCUCUUCCUCUCUGCGAAAUCAAAAUCGAACGGUAGGACGUCGGAGCAUAGUGGUCUGCAACAAUUUGAUGCUCCUAUUCGUAAGUGAGGCUGGUGGAUUCUGAUCUUGUUUUCAAUUUACUUCCCGAAGAAAGAAACCAUUUUGAUUGCGCCAUUAGCAUCACCAGUGGGGUCUACUUGUCUUCCGGACCACCUCCUGGUUUUCCGUUUGUGUCGGACCAUUUCUUUCCUUGUCCCUUCCAGCCCAACU